AUUGCCGAUCGAUACAUCUAGCUAGCUAUCAGCAAGAAGCCAAGCUAGCUAUAGUCAAGUGAAGUCGGAAUAGCUAGGUAGCUAGCAAGCAUGAGUGGCGUGUGGGUGUUUGAGGGCGGGAUGGUGAGGCGGGCGGACAGCGAGGCGCCGGGCGCGGGCGGGGCGGCGCGGCCGGGCAAGGUGCUGGUGCAUGUGCCGAGCGGCGAGGUGGUGACCUCGUACGAGGGUCUGGAGCGGCGGCUGCGGGAGCUGGGGUGGGAGCGCUACCUCAACGACCCCUGCCUCCUCCAGUUCCACCAGCGCUCCACCGUGCACCUCAUCUCCGUCCCGCGCGACUUCACCCGCCUCAAGCUCGUCCACAUGCACGACGUCGUCGUCAAGACCCGCAACGUCUUCCAGGUCCGCGACGCCUGAGCUAGCCAACCAUAGCUUGCAUCCCUGCCUUGUGUAAUCUAAGCUUGCAUGCCUGCCUUGUGUACUCUACUUCGAGGUCGUCGUCUUCCAAGCGGCCGGAUGUAUUGUCUGUGUGUGUGUGAUCGAAUUGUGAGGGAGUAUAUCUAAUAGCGCGGUAACUACGUGCGCGUGCGUGUGGCUUGCCAGCCAGUCUGCAUGUGUGUAGCUCAAUAAGAGGUAGCGCUGCCGUGAACAGGGAACUCCUGCCUACCGGUUUGGGAUUUUGGGUUGUCUGUAUUGUUUCUUCCCAUAAGUUAUCAAAAAAUCGGUUUUGCUA